UCCAGGUCAGUAGAUUCAAUCUCAGCAGUGUGUUGUGGGACUUUGACAAAAACAUCACAAUUUACAAACUUGCCCACUCUGGAGACUUUGACUUUUAGAAAUGGACGUCCAAGACGUGAGGACAUGCGAACGGAGUCUGGAAUUUGACUAUGACCCGAGCUCACGCCUCCGAAAUGAAGGAAAGUCAGAUCCACAUGGGAGACAAACUUCUCGAUCUUUUGCUAAGGAGGCUCGGAUGAGGCUUGAUUUUUUAAAGUAUGGACCUAAUUCUCAAGUGCCUUCCAGCGCCACGGAUGGGAUGAUCCUAAAUGAUGAAAAAGAACCAGAAUCUAAAACCAUUUUUGAUUUGGUGGAGAUUCUCGAACUCAAGGAUGAUGCUGAAGAUGAUGAGAGCUGGCUAUACGAGUCUCCAAAAAGGCACAUGAUAUCAGCCGUCACCGAGUCGCCGUUGAAAUGGUGUCGCCGCAUCCUAGAUAAUCCAAGUCCUGAGACUGAAGCUGCAUCCCGUUUACUUUUGAAGAAACUCAAUCAAAAAUCCAGCAUUUCCUACAGAGGCGCCAUUUGCAAACAACCUCACAGUGGCAGUUUAUCCGUGGUCCCUAUCAAAGAUGAAAAGUCUGCCAGCACAAACCGUGACUCCUCUGACAGUUUCGGCAAUUACAGUCUGAGUAGGUCCCGUGAGUCCACAACCACCAGCUACAAAUUGCAAGACAUCGCAGAUGUUCACCUCAUGGCCCGUAUACAAGAGGACAGUUUACGACAAGACUACAUCUCCACACCUGCUUGUGAUUCAGACAGAAAAAGCCCUGAGCCACAAGUUAGACUUCGCCAGCAAGUCACGCAGUUCAAGUUGCUCAAAAGAGCCCAGAAUCGUGCCAGGACAGAAUCCCCCUUACGGACAAGCCUUCGUUCCCUCCAGGCUCUUAGAAACAGCCGAAGUUUGGAUACAGACGACUGCCCUCUUGUUCACCAAACAUCGAACACAGAUCUUCCAUCAGCUUCCACAGAUUCCGGCGACUGGUCGCACUGGACGGGAAGCUCGUCGGUCCACAAGGUCAAGGAAGUGCAGAGGUCUCAGUCUCUAAGCCCUCGGAGAAUCCCUCACUGUGCGAAGAGAUACCUCUCUGUCAACUCUUGUGUUUAUGCCUCACCUGAGAGGUCAACCACCACCGCCUGGGGAAGCAAUACACCAAUGGCGAGAAGGUGAAUGGCCUCAGCGGAUAGACGUCUAAGCCAUUUGGACUGGGAUCCAACUGCUCAUUUGUUUGUAGAACUCGAUGAGAGCAUGAUGCUAAUUGCUACGCUGUCUAGCAUUCAUUAGGGAGGCACCUUCUUUGAAGUUGAAUUAACAUAAUGGAGGUAAUGGAGUAAGUUACCCUUAAAGAUUCUUGGCAUUUAGAGAGAAUCCAAUUACUGUAGAACAUUAAACCCCACCCAAUGUCAGUCAUGGCCUCUCUGCUCAUUAAAGUUAUGCUCUUUUCAUCCUGAACCAAAGAUAAUUCAACUUCAACUAGAUAGUCUUCUUUUCAGAACAGGUAAUGCUGUCGCAAACUGCAGCAAAAGGUAACAACAGGUAGUCCCAGGGUGACGACUUUCCCGACUUACGUGAUUUCGACUUUACAAAGCCGGAGGUUCAUCAGUCAUUUUGUCUUCAUUUUUUACUUCAUUUUAUCAAUAUGAUGUAGGGCUUCAGCUAUCGAUUAUUUUAGUAGUCAACUAUUUAGUUCGAAUAAUCGAGUCAUCGGAUUAGGAAGAUUUAAUGCGUUGCAGAGUCAAUCUUAGCAGAUGUAAAACAGAGGCUUGCACUUUUAAAAGAGCACUGAAUGUGAAUACAAAAUAAAAUUCCUGAGUGUUUUUUUUUUCAUUAUGCAGAAGGCAUUUAAAACUAAAUUAAAAACACCUGAGCUUAGCCUCACACAGUAUAAAAUAAUGCUGCUCAGCCUUCGCCGCGUACAGACGCACUCUGAAGCACUCUCUUAUCUUAACCGAUAAGCGCUCAGGGCCAGCAAGCUCGACUCCCAGUAUGGCUCCAAAGAAUUUGAAACCUGGAGACUUGGAUGAAAUAAAAUCCUCCAUGCAGAAGUUGGAGGUCUCCUUGACUGGCUUGAUUCAAAACCAGAAUCAAGAAAUCGUCAGAGAGCUCCAUUUAAUUCGCGCUGAAAACGAGAAACUCAAGCAGGCGGUCGAGGAGAGAGAUGUUCGCAUCAAGAAGCCGACGCGCAAAUGAGCUCAUCAUUUCUGGAUUACAACUGACGCCUGGCCCAAGGGACACAGUGGCGCAACUGGCAAUUGCUAAGCUGAAAGAGUAUGGAAUAAACAUGGAACCGCUGGACAUCCGUCGCUGCCUUCUGCUCCCAUCUGGGGGGAGAGGACCGGCAACGGUGCUCAUGAAGCUGGCAGACCACAAGACCAAGACUGCCCUGCUUAACCAGAGCCGCCACCUGAAAGGGUCGAAGAUUUUUUUGAACGACAACUUAACUCGCCGAAAUGCCGAAAUUGCAAGAAAAGCACGUCAACUCAAGAAAGCUGGGAAAAUAGCCAACACCUGGGUCUCGGAUUGCAGGAUCCUUGUCAAGACGCAAGAUAAAGAUGAAGAUUAGAGCUAUUACGAGUCUUGACCAACCGACGACAAUAGCUGGAUAACUGUAAAUAUUUCACAGCCGACCAGAAUAACAACUCAUGGAUGUGGACGGUAGCUGAAACCUAUCAACGGCAGGAGUUACAAGAAUCUUGAACACAUUAAGGAUUACCUACUAAAGACAACGAAGGCUCUGACUUUAAUUUGCACGGAUAUACAGUGCCUUGCAAAAGUAUUCGGCCCCCUUGAACCUUGCAACCUUUCGCCACAUUUCAGGCUUCAAACAAAGAUAUAAUUUUUUUAUUUUUUGUCAAGAAUCAACAACAAGUGGGACACAAUCGUGAAGUGGAACAAAAUUUAUUGGAUAAUUUAAACUUUUUUAACAAAUAAAAAAACUGAAAAGUGGGGCGUGCAAUAUUAUUCGGCCCCCUUGCGUUAAUACUUUGUAGCGCCACCUUUGGCUCCAAUUACAGCUGCAAGUCGCUUGGGGUAUGUUUCUAUCAGUUUUGCACACCGAGAGACUGACAUUCUUGCCCAUUCUUCCUUGCAAAACAGCUCGGCCUCAGUGAGGUUGGAUGGAGAGUGUUUGUGAACAGCAGUCUUCAGCUCAUGGGCGUGGCUACACAGCUCAGUAAGGCCUCCUUUUUUGUAGGUCUUCUGUCUUCAAUAGGGGCUUUUUCACCUAGGUGUGUGAAUGUAUUUGUAAUCCCCCCCAAAAAGAGGUGAGUUCAGAGAAAGUUAGGUUCUCAGGAGAUGAGAGGGAGACGAUUUGCCACCACCCUGACCCGCGUGCCGUCGGAGUGGCGUGACGUCCGAGUUGCAGCAAAGUGCGAGGGCCUGUUCAGUCCUGCUUGGAGGCCGAGUUAUAUAUAUAUAUAUUUUUUUUUUUUUUUGGGUGAAAUUAUUUGGCAUAUUGUACUCUGCUUUAAUGUUGGUAAUCAAUUUGAAUUUAUUACUGUUUAUCGAUUGUAUAAAAUUGUAUUUUUCAUAGGGCUGUCAAAAUUAUCGCGUUAACGGGCAGUAAUUUUUAAAAUUAAUCACGUUAAAAUAUUUGACGCAACUAACGCACAUGUCCCGCUCAGACAGAUUUAAAUGACAGUAGAGUGAAAUGCCCACUUGUUAAUUGUGUUUUAUGGAGUUUUGACGCCCUCUGCUGGCGCUUGGGCGCGACUGAUUUCAUAGGCUUCAGCACCUAUGAGCAUUGUGUAAGUAAUUAUUGAGAUCAACAAUGGCGGGCAACUAGUUUAUUUUUUGAUUGAAAAUUUUACAAAUUUUAAUAAAACGAAAACAUUAAGAGGGGUUUUAAUAUAAAAUUUCUAUAACUUGUUCUAACAUUUAUCUUUUAAGAACUACAAGUCUUCCAUGGAUCACUUUAACAGAAUGUUAAUAAUGUUAAUGCCAUCUUGUUGAUUUAUUGUUAUAAUAAACAAAUACAGUCCUUAUGUACCGUAUGUUGAAUGUAUAUAUCCAUCUUGUGUCUUAUCUUUCCAUUUCAACAAUUUAUUUUACAGAAUAUAUAUAUAAUUUACAGAAAAAUAUGGCAUAUUUUAUAGAUGGUUUAAAUUGCAAUUACAAUUAAUUACGAUUAAUUAAUUUUUAAGCUGUAAUUAACUCGAUUAAAAAUUUUAAUCGUUUGACAGCCCAAAUUUUUCAGUAUAAAAUGGUCAAAAUGUUUAGUUUGGAUGUGACCUUUUUUUUCUAAUUCAGGCAAAUUAAUGCGCUUUAAGUCUUUUCUGUUCUAAACAAAACAAUGUGAAUUAAGUUAUACUUUAUUGUAAGUUGAUCCAUAUUACUUUUUUUCUUUUAUGUCAACAAGGACACCAAGUUAUGCAGAGGUGUACUUAACAUAGUUUUAUAGACAAAUGAUUUUAUUUACAGUGGCAGCAGAGAGUUGGGGGGGGGGGACGCAAAACUUUUACGUUUUCCUUUGGGUGUGACGGAAAAUAAUUGAGAAGCAUGGAUUUAGGGGUACUUAACGGAUUCAUUCCAACUUAACGUGGUGAAGGGAAUAGCAUCUUUUCUCUGUUUGUAUUACUCUAACACACCCAAUAUAAAAUAAAUAGCACUUACAUCAUAGUUUAAGGAAAACAAGCAGCAUACAUUUGCCAUAGGGCAUAAGAGAUACCUGACGCCUUCUCAUCAUGGAAGCCCACUGUGUGCGUCAUGUAACUGACUGAUCAAGAUUGACGCUGACGAGGCAAGAUAUCUACAAGCCCAUGUCUGCACCACCAACUCUCGCCAUCAGUACUCCCGGACAGUCCAGAACAAAUGGCGGGACGUCCCAACACAAGGAACACCGGAGAACGCCCACUAUCCAACUGAUAACACGACGGAUAGUACUCCAAGAGCCCUUUGACACUGAGGCGGGCAAAAUCUCCCACUGCGGUUGCCCCAGUAACGGUGACACACAGCCCAAACUGCGAUAGAAGAUUAUCCUAAACACACACUUCUUCCUGCCCACGGCCUGCCCCGCCAGAGCCUUCAAAAGACAAUGUUUAACUAAGCAUUGUCAUUUUUUUCAGGAACCUUUUGUUGACUUGUGAUAUGGUGACCUUGGAACGAGUCUGCCUCCUCGCCUGAGUCUGUUUAUUUCGCCUUGUCGUUUGAUCGCUGUCGAUCUGAAUAAAUUGUCAAAUUGUGCUUCGAAGCCUUUUUCAGGCUUUCAAAAUGGAGUCAGUACAAGGGGUAAAGACUAAGGCAGUACUUCUCAAAUACUGGGGCGCGCCCCCCUGGGGGGGCGCAGAGCGAUGCCAGGGGGGGCGCAUGUGUCCUCGGGGAACAUGCUUUUUUCUGUCUUUUUUUUUUUUUUUGCCGGACUGGAAUAAAGUGUACUUGCAAAUCCACUCAGUGGGUGGCAGUGGCGCUGUCAUUUUCAGAGUGCGUGCAGUAUUUUUGAACUAAGGAAGAGCACUCAGCACACAGAAAACAGAUAUGAAGAGCAGUGCGCUGCCGCCGUUUUCGAACGCCGUUUUCCGACCGGACUCACUCACGCAGUGACCCACUGUCUUGUCCGGUUCUCACGUCGCCGCCCGAGAAGUGCCAUUUUCGGCUUGGGAUCGUCACGACGACCACCCUCACCUACGGUUCUACCUCGGCCGCCGAGAAUGCGCUUUUUUCGUGCCGUUUGCCUUUUAGCUUUGACUUUUAAUACAGUGGGGUGAUGAGGAAAGACUACUGUUUACUGUGUCUGAAAAUAAUUAUAGCGGACUGCCAGAAGCCAAAUCAAUUAAGACGCCACUUAAAGACAUUCGACCCCAAUCUCAUUGAUAAGCCGCUUGAUUGUUUUUCAGCGAAAACGUGCCUAAUAUUGCCAAGAAUAGUCCUGCUUUGUCAGUGUUAUAUCAGUAAACCAGUGAGCAUUGUUAGCAUGCUCAUUGCAAAAUGACUCCACACCACUGCAAAUGAGGUAAUACUGAGUGUGAGCAGCAAAAAUAAAAACUGUCCUUCUGUCCAAGGACACUCUUUUGUUCCUUUAUUCAUUUUUGUUUUUUCGGUCAAAUUUUUUGGCAUAUUGUCCUCAUGAGUAAAUGAUCCUAAUCAAUUUGAAUUUGUUAUUAUUUACGGAUUUUAUUACAUUUUAUUUUUCUGUAUCAAAUGGUCAAAAAUACCUUGAGUGUAUUUUUACAGUUUGAAUAUGACUUUUUUUUUUUUUUUAAAUUCAGGCAAAUUGAUGCACGUCCAGUCUUCUCUGUUACAAACAAAACAAUGUUAAUAAAGUUAUACUUUAUUAUAAGUUGAUCUGUUACUUUUUUUCUUUAUUAGAAAAAAAGGACACAAUGUUAGGCAGAUGCGUAUUUAUAAUAGUAAUUUUAUAGACGAAUAAUACUAUUUACAGUGGCGGCAGAGAGUUUGGGGGGGCGCGAAACAUUUACAUCUUGCUUGGGGGGGCGUAACAGAAAAUAAUUGAGAAGCACUGGACUAAGGUGAACGCGCGGUGUUGGACUUUUGGCCGGGUUGUCAUGAUUUCGCCGGCCCGGGUCGUUGGCGCUGCGCCAGCGCUGGCGUGAUUCCGGCAAUCUGGCUAAAAGGUCAGAUUCCUUCAGCGGAAAUUCGGGGUACGUCGCCAGCUGUUUAACAGAACUCGUUUGUAACCCGGGGACUACCUGUAUUGUACUUUACAGCUUCGGCUUUAAACAAUAGUUUCAGAACUUUAGACUUGACAAAUAUUACAAUCAAAACAAAUGAAAUUUUUUUCUUUUAAAACAUUCAACACUUUUUAUUUGUUUUCUCGCAGAAUAGUCGACCUUCAACUUAUAUUUUUUGGGGGUGCUGGUAAAUUAGUAACAAUAUAAUAACUGUUGAAAGAACAAAAUCCUUAUAGGGAAGUAUGUCUCACAUUAAUAUAAUGCCUGAAAUAAAAGCCUAUAAAGGGAACGGCAAGGUGUAAACAUGGUUCAUAGAACAAUGUACAAAAUAUUUACAUUUAAAAAAUCUCAUGCACAGACUUGCAAACCUGCUUUCUAGACUUCUAUCUAUCUAGUCAGAUUCCAUGUCACUGUCGCCUCCGAUGGAUCGAAAUUCUUCACUCUCCUCAUCUUCACUGAGUUGGACCUGAGAAAGAACGGCCGGACCUCUCCUGCGGGCGUCUUCCUCUUCAUCUUCCUCUUCCUCCUCGCUGUUGCCAUCUUGUCGGUUUGCUUGUAGCUGCCACGGCUAUGACGCAGUCAGGGGAAAAAGUUCAAGUUGCAAGAGUAACAAGAAAAUUAAAAAAAAAAUAAAAUUUUGGUGUUUUCCAACCUGCUGUGCAUAUGGUGCAGGUGUUGUGUUGUGCCUUUCCAAGUCCAUGAAUGACCAUUUGCCAUCCUUUUCGUCAUACUGAAAUACAUCAUACUUGAAAUGAGUAAAAUUACAGUGUAAUCACGUCAUUGGCAGCGAUAGUCGGCCAAUCCGCCACAUUAAAAAACUCCCGAGUCGAACCUGAGAAUGUGGAGCCGGACCUCUCCUACGCAUGUCCUCUUCGUCUUCGUCCUCCUCGCUGAUACCGUCGUCUUCUACGUUUCCCCUGGUUGGGGGCUGCAUCCGACUGCGGCUCUCCUCAAAGCUGCCGUAACUGAAAGACAGAAAAGUUAAUACAGACUGCUUUUAAUGCUUUACACUCACAAUUGGGUUGCUAACUCGGUUUUUGGCCAGUACAACCCCUAGCAAAAAGUAUAGAAUCACCAGUCUGGGACAAGCACUCACUCAGACAUUUUAUCAUGUAGAACAAACUCCGAUAAAAAGCUUGAAAAGUUAAUGAAUUAGUUCAAAAGUGCAACUAUUUAGCAUUCAGAAACACUAAAACAAAUGAAUAAACAUUGUGGUGGUCAGUAAAUGUUACUUUUAUAGAGCAAGUGCAGGGAAAUAUACAUGGAAUCACUCCAUUCUAAAGAAAAAAAAUAUGGAAUCAUGAGAAACAAACAAAGAAAUAACAAUCAAAACA